AUGGUCAGCAUCCCUUAUAAGGCCUUGUGUCAGGCAGAAAAAUGCGAUGAGCCACUGGUAUCUGCUCUUCCUCACUCAGCUUUCAGCAGCUCAUCCUCAAUGUCUGGGGGUUAUUCUCCUGGCUACGCGAAGAUUAAUAAGCGAGGGGGUGCUGGGGGAUGGUCUCCAUCAGACAGUGACCAUUAUCAAUGGCUUCAGGUUGACUUUGGCAAUCGGAAGCAGAUCAGUGCCAUCGCUACCCAAGGAAGAUACAGUAGCUCAGAUUGGGUGACCCAAUACCGCAUGCUCUACAGCGACACUGGGAGGAACUGGAAACCCUAUCAUCAAGAUGGGAACAUCUGGGCCUUCCCCGGGAACACCAACUCCGACGGCGUGGCCCGGCACGACCUGCAGCACCCGGUGGUGGCGCGCUACGUGCGGGUGGUGCCGCUGGACUGGGGCGCCGAGGGCCGCAUCGGGCUGCGGGUGGAGCUGUACGGCUGCGCCUACUGGGCUGAUGUUAUCAGCUUUGAUGGCCAUGUCGUCUUGCCAUAUAGAUUCAGAAACAAGAAGAUGAAAACACUGAAAGACGUCAUCGCCUUGAAAUUUCAAACAUCUGAAAGUGAAGGGGUCAUCUUGCACGGGGAAGGACAGCAAGGAGAUUACAUCACUUUGGAGCUGAGAAAAGCCAAGCUGGUCUUCAGCUUAAACCUGGGGAGCAACCAGCUGGGCCCCAUCUAUGGCCACACGUCGGUGACGACUGGGAGUCUGCUGGACGAUCACCACUGGCACUCGGUGGUCAUCGAGCGCCAGGGCCGCGGCAUCAACCUCACCCUGGACCGGAGCCUGCAGCACUUCCGCACCAACGGCGAGUUCGACUACCUGGACCUGGACUAUGAGAUAACCUUUGGAGGUAUACCUUUCUCUGGCAAGCCAAGCUCCAGCAGCAGAAAGAAUUUCAAAGGCUGCAUGGAAAGCAUUAACUACAAUGGCGUCAACAUAACUGAUCUUGCAAGAAGGAAGAAACUAGAGCCGUCAAAUGUGGGAAAUCUGAGCUUCUCCUGUGUGGAGCCCUACACGGUGCCUGUCUUCUUCAACGCAACCAGUUACCUGCAGGUGCCUGGACGGCUCAACCAGGACCUGUUUUCUGUCAGCUUCCAGUUUAGGACCUGGAACCCCAACGGCCUCCUGCUUUUCAGCCACUUUGCAGACGACCUGGGCACCGUGGAGAUUGACCUCACCGAGAGCAAAGUGGGUGUCCACAUCAACAUCACGCAGACGAAGAUGAGCCAGGUGGACAUUUCCUCAGGUUCUGGGUUGAAUGAUGGGCAGUGGCACGAGGUUCGUUUCCUAGCAAAGGAGAAUUUCGCUAUUCUCACCAUCGAUGGAGAUGAGGCUUCAGCAGUUCGAACUAACAGUCCUCUUCAGGUUAAAACAGGAGAGAAGUACUUCUUUGGAGGCUUCCUGAACCAGAUGAACAACGCCAGCCCCGCUGUCCUUCAGCCUUCGUUCCAAGGAUGCAUGCAGCUCAUUCAGGUGGACGAUCAGCUUGUGAACUUAUAUGAAGUGGCCCAGAGGAGGCCGGGAAGUUUUGCCAACGUCAGCAUCGACAUGUGCGCCAUCAUAGACAGAUGUGUGCCCAAUCACUGCGAGCACGGCGGCAAGUGCUCACAGGCCUGGGACAGCUUCACAUGCACCUGUGACGAGACGGGAUACAGCGGGGCCACCUGCCACAACUCUAUCUACGAGCCGUCCUGCGAGGCCUACAAGCAUCUCGGCCAGACGUCCAAUUACUACUGGAUAGAUCCCGACGGCAGCGGGCCCCUGGGGCCCUUGAAGGUCUACUGCAACAUGACAGAGGACAAAGUGUGGACCAUCGUGUCCCACGACCUGCAGAUGCAGACGACGGUGGCGGGCCACCCCCCGGAGAAGUACUCGGUGACGCAGCUCGCCUACAGCGCCUCCAUGGAGCAGAUCAGCGCCAUCACCAGCAGCGCUGAGUACUGCGAGCAGUAUGUCUCCUACUUCUGCAAGAUGUCGCGGCUGCUGAACACCCCAGAUGGCAGUCCUUACACCUGGUGGGUUGGCAAAGCCAAUGAGAAGCAUUACUACUGGGGAGGCUCUGGCCCUGGAAUUCAGAAAUGCGCCUGUGGCAUCGAGCGCAACUGCACCGACCCCAAGUAUUACUGCAACUGUGAUGCGGAUUACAAGCAGUGGAGGAAGGACGCUGGCUUCUUGUCCUACAAAGAUCACCUGCCAGUGAGCCAGGUGGUGGUUGGAGAUACAGACCGCCAAGGCUCAGAAGCCAAACUGAGCGUGGGUCCCCUGCGCUGCCAAGGAGACAGGAAUUACUGGAAUGCUGCCUCCUUCCCGAACCCGUCUUCCUACCUACACUUCUCAACGUUCCAAGGGGAGACGAGUGCUGACAUUUCUUUCUACUUCAAAACACUGACUCCCCGGGGAGUCUUUCUGGAAAACCUGGGGAACACAGAUUUCAUCAAGCUGGAGCUGAAAUCUGCCACAGAAGUCUCCUUUUCCUUUGACGUUGGCAACGGGCCCGUGGAGAUCGUGGUGCGGUCGCCCUCGCCCCUCAACGACGACCAGUGGCACCGGGUCACCGCCGAGAGGAACGUCAAGCAGGCCAGCCUGCAGGUGGACCGGCUGCCGCAGAAGACCCGCAGGGCCCCCACCGAGGGCCACACCCGGCUGGAGCUCUACAGCCAAUUGUUCGUUGGUGGGGCCGGGGGCCAGCAAGGCUUCCUGGGCUGCAUCCGCUCCCUGAGGAUGAACGGGGUGACCCUGGACCUGGAGGAAAGGGCAAAAGUCACCUCAGGCUUCAAAUCCGGAUGCUCGGGCCACUGCACCAGCUACGGGACCAACUGCGAGAACGGAGGGAAGUGCAUCGAGAAAUACCACGGCUACUCCUGCGAUUGCUCCCUCACGGCUUACGACGGGACGUUUUGCAACAAAGAUGUCGGUGCAUUUUUUGAAGAGGGAAUGUGGCUGCGAUACAACUUCCAGGCAUCAGGAGGGAAUACCAAAGAGGCGGGCAGCCGGCCAGAGGGCUCCCCGGAUCCGCAGGGCUCACCCCCAGACCUGGCCCACGAGGAGAUCCGCUUCAGCUUCAGCACCACCAAGGCGCCCUGCAUCCUCCUCUACGUCAGCUCCCUCACCACGGACUUCCUGGCCGUCCUCGUCAAACCCUCCGGGAACUUACAGAUUCGGUAUAACCUGGGCGGCACCAGGGAGCCAUACAGCAUCGACGUGGAGCACAGGAACAUGGCGGGCGGGCAGCCCCACAGCGUCAACAUCACCCGCCACGAGAGGACCGUCACCCUCAAGCUGGACCAUUACCCUGCUGUGAGCUACCACCUGCCGAGUUCGUCGGACACGCUCUUCAACUCCCCCAAGUCGCUCUUUCUGGGAAAAGUGAUAGAAACAGGGAAGAUUGAGCAGGAGAUUCACAAGUACAACACCCCGGGAUUCACCGGCUGCCUCUCCAGAGUCCAGUUCAACCAGAUCGCGCCUCUCAAGGCGGCCCUGAGGCAAACCAACGCCUCCGCCCACGUGCACGUCCAGGGUGAGCUGGUGGAGUCCAACUGUGGGGCCUCCCCGCUGACCCUGUCCCCCAUGUCGUCCGCCACGGACCCCUGGCACCUCGACCGCCUGGACUCAGCCAGCGCCGACUUCCCGUAUAACCCCGGACAAGGUCAAGCCAUCAGAAAUGGAGUGAACAGGAACUCGGCUAUCAUUGGAGGGGUCAUCGCCGUGGUGAUUUUCACCAUCCUCUGCACCUUGGUCUUCCUCAUCCGCUACAUGUUCCGUCACAAGGGCACCUACCACACCAACGAAGCUAAGGGGGCCGAGUCAGCAGAGAGCGCAGACGCCGCCAUCAUGAACAACGACCCCAACUUCACAGAGACCAUUGACGAGAGCAAAAAGGAGUGGCUUAUCUGAGGGAUGGCUAUGUGGCUCUGGGACGGGGAGGGGAGGCCCGGGGAGGAGGGAAAGGGACAAAAGAACCCUGCUUCAUACUCCCGAGCAACACCCUUAAAAUAUCAGCACAAGCUGGGGGAGGCGAACAAAACACUCCGAGACUGAUCACCGCAAAUACUUUUUAAUAUUUCUUUAUAGCUGAGUUUCCCCUUCUGUAUCAAAACAAAAUAAUACAGAAAAUGCUUUUAGAGUUUAAGCAAUGGUUGAAAUUUGUAGGUAAUAUCUGUCUUAUUUUGUGUGUAUUUAGAGGUAUUCUAAAAACCCAUGGUAACAGGGCAAGUUUUCUACAUUUUUAAGAGCCCUUAGAAUGUGGAUAUUUUUUUUUUCUUGAGAAAAGCUGACGCACAUACAUAUGACCUCCAGCAUUCUCUUCCUUUUGCUUAGAGUCAACUUUUAAUGGGCUAUUGUAGUAUCUAGUUCGUGUUCAUAUAAUACUUCUUUUUGUGUCCUGUAAGUGGGAAAGAAGAGGGUAAAGAGAAUCUACUAUCUGCCAGUUUUCAGAGACCCCAGUCUAUGCCAGUGGUCUGAGUUUCCUCCUUAGCAGUGGAAAGAGGAAAAGGGUGGGGCAUCAUUUAUGAGACAACUGUCUACACAACAGAGGGCCACACUACCAACCAGGGGAAGUAGCUUCCUGUGGGAGCUUUACUGCGAGAUUAGAGCUUUCCGUGAAUGUAGUCUCAUGCCUGGUCCCUCUCUGUCACUGUGAGCUAAGUACCACGGUGACAAGCUGCUAGAAGACUUCUGUCUGUGACUGCUGGCUUAGAUUCUGUGUGUGUGAGCUCCCCAGUGAACAUGAGAGCUAACUACUCCUUGUUACUUCCAUAGUUAUCGUAAGAGUGUGGCUACUUCCAGUGAAUAUGUAAAUUCAGUUGGUCUCCUUUUGCUUUCAAACUCCUUUUCAAGCCCCUGUCCACAAUCCUAGCAGUGUCCUCUGAAUGGACAUGCCACAAUAAAGCCAAGUUACGCCUGCUGUUAUCAUCGCCGUUACUCUGGAGUCAAAGGGAAAACACUGCCAUGUUUUAAGUCUUCUCCACGUGCUGGUUCAUCCCCCAACAGACUGGCUGCCAUGAUUCAGGGGUCUUCUGUGGCAGCACAUUGGAACCUCAGGUUCACGGCACAGCUGGGGACUGUUGCUUCCCAGAGAACAGACGUGUCUAGUCAAUCACACUCUUGACCUUGACCAACUAGUCCAACAAGUAGCUCCCUAAUUUUAUCUGAUGAAACAGACUUGGCGUAAACUAAUCAGACAGAGCCUUUAUGGGAGCCUCCAAAAUAAUCAGUUCACUCAGUUCAUUUACUUCUAAAAAGAUGACACAAACGUUAUUUCUCGUAACUACCAUUUCAGAUCAUUGUGGUUCAGGCUCUUCUACUUAAUGAGCACUUUUAGGAAAAAACUUUACGUCAGCAUGUGGAGGCAUUAACCAUAACUGCUUUCUUCCUUCUCCUGGAAAGGAGGUAAGAUGAGGUUUGAAAUGUAUUGGUGCCAGUCUGCUGAUGGCUGCCCCAAUACAAUGGAAACUGGCUCGGGUGUUAGGGUUAUGGAUACGCUGUCAGGAUAUGCUGUGCGGACAACUUCCCGGGAUCUCAAUUCCUCGAAUAGUGGAAAGUGUUACCAGAGCCGCCAACGUGCUCUUCACCGGGACGCACACGUGCCGCAGGAGUGAUGCCCUUACGCAAGGCGAGGGAGUCCUUUGGCUGUCACUUGGUUGCUGACCUCAGACACCAUUAGUUAGUCUUGACCGUUUUUAAAACGGUCUUGAUCAUUCUCCAUAAGGCACAUUUAAAGGGCAAAGUAUUAAAGAUUACUAAAUAGCAGAACAAUGCAACAUUUACAACUGACACGCUGGAAGACCAAGGGUUUGAGGAGCCAGGAUGACUGCCCAGAGGGUUCUUUCAUGUACUGUGAAGUUGAAAAGGCUGAUCUCGAGCAUUCUGUGUUAGACAUGUUUCUUGUUCUUCUAAACCUCCUUUGUGUUAGUACUUUGGCUCUUCUCUACGAUGCCAGAUGGACACUUACUUCCUGCAUCUCCCACAAUAGCUUGUUUCUUUACCCACAGUCUCAGCACUUUCCUUCCAAAAUGACUAGGGGAUUAAAAGAAUCAAAAACCUC